UAAAAACUUGGUUAUAUUGUGCAGCGCGAGGGAAGAUCACAUCUUUCGGUCCAAUUGAAACGGAGGCCACAUUACCUGACCCAAGUACUUAAACUAUUUGGACGCCACCCACAACUACACCCACAACCAUUGGCCCUGUCCGCCGCCAGCGAAGAUACCGAAAAUGGUGGACGCUGCCAGACAAAUGCUCGAUGAGCUAAUGGGCCGCAAUCGGAACCUGCAUCCAUCGGAGGCAGGACUCAAGGUGAACUGGGAGGAUCCAGAGUUUUGUCAGUUUUACAACGUGAAGUUCUGCCCGCACGAUCUCUUCAUCAACACACGGGCCGAUCUCGGUCCCUGCGCCCGCAUUCACGACGAGGAGGCCAAGCACCUGUACGAGGAGGCGCGUCCGGCACGGAAGCGCCAGUACGAGGAUGAGUUUCUUCGCUUCUGCAACGUGAUGCUACACGACGUGGACCGGAAGAUUCAGAAGGGUAAGCAGCGUCUGCAACUAAUGCAGCGAGAUCACCCGCCACCGACGCUGCAAUUGAGCAAGCAUCAGGACCAGUUGAACACCCUGAAUGCCCGCAUUAACAAGCUGCUGGCGGAAGCCGAAGAGGCUGGUAUCCGCGGUGACGUUGACCAGGCCCAGGAUCUGAUGACGCUCUGCGAGGAGGUCAAAGAAGAGAAGGAGCAGCUUCUGCAGCAGUACGAUGCCAGCCGCAAGGCAAGCAGCAAGAUGAUCGCCCCGGACCCGUCCAGUGCGGACGAUCCCAUACACAGUCCAAAGACAAGCUUCUGCGAUGUCCCAGUGAUCCACGACAGCACACAAGCCCCAACUCCAACUACAACAAUAAACCCAGCCUCCAUUGAUUUGGCCGGCGAAGCAGCAGUAGUGGCACCAGCAGCAGCCUCCCCAACCGAAGUGGACCCAGAAAGCACUGGAUGUAAAGCAGGCCCUGGAUCAGGAGCAGAUGGGGAGGAGAAGUCGGACAAUACAGACAACAAGUCUCAGUCAAAUUGGUCACACGAAGCCCUGCCCGAGAAGCAAAUGAAGGUGUGCGAGAUCUGCGGUGCCUUUCUUAUUGUGGGCGAUGCUCAGCAGCGAAUUGAAGACCAUCUGAUGGGCAAGCAACACCUGGGAUACUCUAAGGUGCGCAACGCGGUGGCCGAAAUCAACGACGAGCGGCAGAAGGAGCGCGACCAGGAGCGCGAGCAGGAACGCGAGCAGGAGGAACGAAGACGGCGCGAGGGUCGGGGCCAGCGCUUUAACUCAUACGACAAUAGACGCGAGCCGCGCGAAUAUCGGGAGCGCAGUCGUGACUAUGUGCAGAGCCGCCAGACCUCAGACAGACGACAUCAUCACCACAAGUCGCACCACGGCCACACAUACUCGCGCAACGGCAGCAAUAGCAACAACAACAACCGGAGCAGACAACACAACCACAGUCAUAGCCACUAUCGACAAGAGAGCCGCGAACGGCACGCUCGCAGUCGCAGCCGCAGUCGCUACUAGAGACCAAAAACGAUAAGAUGGCUAGCGCUUAAGCUGAAACUCUAGGCCAGAAGACGAAGCAACACGAACUCAGCCAUAUCCGCGAUCCUUGUAGCUAACCCAAUGUACCCAACGUAUCCACGCAUCCACAACAAGCACCUGGCAAUGUGCCCGAGUCAUCGUCCCUUCCUCAUCGCUGCUGCAACCGCAACCCAACCCGAAAGAGAAACUGAAACCGAAGAACAAACAACACCAUCGAGGUACUCCAAAAAUAAUUAACAAAAUUUCAAGUAAUAUGUAUCAGAACAGUAAAAAAAAGAAACAGAAUCAGAGUGAAUGAGAGUGCAGCUGGCAGGAGAGAUAAGAUCCUUGCCAGAGCAAGGUCAAUAAGGUGAGUCACCCACCGUACCGCACCGUACCGUACCAUACCGUACUUUAUCACUUCACACCGUAAACAUACCACAAGCUCUAUAUUGUUUAAAUAUAAAUGAUUCCUGUGUACGCAUACCAAAA